AUGCGCCGCUGGACCUCCAAGCUUGGUCAAUUCCACAAUCCCUUCGGUUCCACGGGCUCGCCCGGGCCUCUCCUCCCGCCCUCUUCUCUCAGCCCCGAGAUCUCGGGGGAGACCUCCGGGGACACCUCGCAGCCCCCCUACGACGACACUUCCCAGUUUACCUCGGACAACAAGAUCGAGCAGAUCUCCGAGAAGGACGCCACCAAGGUCCCCACCACCAAGCCCCACGACUGCAGGCUUUACAUUGAUGCGUGGGACGAAAUCCUCAGGCACGUCGACGUCGACGAACUCAAGGCUGUUCGCGCCGUCUGCCUGACCCUCUACGGCGCAGCCACCCCGCGCCUCCUCUCCCAUGCGGUGAUGUACGGAUACAAGGAGAACAUCGAGGCCGCUGCCUCCGGCGAGGACAUUGUGUGGUGCGCACACGCCAGUAUCCCUAUCGCCCCACACCUGUGGCCUUAUGUGAAGAUCCUCGACAUUGUGGGCAGUUGCGACUGUGAUGCCACAUGGACCAUGCGAACCAAGUGCCUCUGUCUUCCCUCUCUCGGCGACCUCCUCGACGAGAUCCUCCCGCACGACAUCCAUCUCGACACAAUCCGCAUCCACCUGCGCUGGUUCCGCCUCGGCCAUGCCUUCAUGACUGAGCGUGUGACCGCCAAGCAAACAAUUUACAUUGUCGACCUCUGCCCCCCACGCCCUUGCUACAUCGUCCUCCCUAUGACGCCAAUUGCGGGCUCCACCCAAGUAACUAUCAGCGUGCUGCACAACAACUCGCCCUGUCUCGCCUACACCGACUUCCUGCAGGAAGGCUACGACCCGGACGUCGACUACGACUUCCAGUUCACGUACGCGCCCACGCCCCGCCUGCCGGGGUGGUACGGGGUCGAGGCCUGCGGCGCGCGGAUCUACACGAACCACGACGUGCCGAAGCGCUUCGCCGUCAACUUCCUCAGCCUCCUCGCGGCCUUCACCGUCCAUUACCAGGGCACUGGCCGCUUCAUGCUCGCGGCGGCAGACACGUGGCCGCGCCGGUGGUUCCUCAGCGACCAAUGGAAUCUGGGGCUUCUGGUGAGCCCGGAGGGGGGUAUGUGGAGCCUGCUCGUCCCGUUUGUUAUUGAAGCACUCUUCCCGCUCCGCCUCGCGGAGGCGAUGGACGUCCCGCUCCACUCAUACCCCGAGAGCACGCAGGAGGUGUUCUACGAGGCCGCGGCCGAGUACCUCAACAUUGUCACAGAGCCGUUCCCUUUCGAGGAGCCGUGCUUGGCUGGAUGUGCCGCCCUAGACUUUGUUGUGGACUGA